GGCUGAUAGUGCCGAGCAUGCAGGCAUACCUGUUAUGGAACCCUGCCACCAUUCACGGAGUUGGUUGGUCCAAAGGGAACCCACACAUUUUUCCAUGGACCUGCCCCGCUAACAACAGCUGCAGGGCUACCCGCCUUCGGCGGGCUCCCGUCACUGCAUCGUCUGAUCUUCCAUUAGCAGCCAGCAGAACCACUACUCGGUUCUCGGCAUCUCUCCCACCACUUCCGCGGCCGACAUUAAGAAGGCCUAUCGUCUUCUAGCUCUCAAGUAUCAUCCUGAUGUUAACAUGGACCCUGCUGCUGAUCAGGACUUCAAGAACAUUCGUCUUGCAUAUGAUACAUUGUCAGAUGAAACAACUAGAGCCCAAUACGAUUUAGCACUCCUAUGGCAAGGUAACAUCUUCGGAUAUGAUGAUGGGCAGAAGAGCUAUAGAGGGGCUGAUUCAAGACCAAAGGAAACAUAUAGGGAACAACAUCACCAGAAAGGGGAUUCUUCAUUUAAUUUUGAAACAGUUGAGGGGUCAGAUGAUAAAACUCAUGACAAAGAAAGACCCCCCUUUCAUGAAAUGCUUAAAUCAUCCUUUCUCUCUCUCUCUCUCUCUUCCUAAUGUACACAGCAGGCAUUCGGCUAUCUUUGACAUUUAGUAGCCUUGUGGCCUUGUUUGACCAAAAGUUGGAUGCUGGAUACAAAACAGGUUACAUGCUUGCUUGGGUAUUAGGAGGCAGAAGUGGCAUUUUACUUAGCUUGUGCCUUUCAUUUGCCAGCUGGCUUUGGGGAAAAUGCAGCAGCAACCUGAUUGUUGUAGUCGGUGUAGCCAUGUGGGUUGGCUCAAAUCUGGCAAGGUAUGCUCCACUCCCUCAAGGUGCCAUUCUUGCCCUCUUGGACAUGUCAAUCAAAUUACAGGUUGAUCUCAAGUGAAUCCAUUCUUUCAUCUCAAAUUCUCAAUAUGUUUGUGAAUAUGUUUCUCGGGAUAAUUGGUUUCUUUUGCUUGAGUGGUUAUGCUAUUAUAACUAUAACCACUUUAAAAGUUUACUUUCUUUUAUUGUAAGAUGGAAAUAACUCAUACCGUAUGUGUAAUGCAAAUGCACAUCCGUUGAUCUUUUUAAAUAGAUGUGAAAUGUGUUUAUAUUAACAUUUUUUUUUACUAAUGUUCCUAUUAAAUUCGAAAUACCAUAGUUAUGCAAUUC